GCAGUAAAGUUUUUCUAGCGCCGGAUUUAAUCCGGAUUGUGAGGAUUUACUGAAGAAACUGCCCGCCAAAGUUUGUUUACCUUCACCACACUGCUCACCUGCCUCUUGUCGGGUAACUGAUGAACGGUUAACUACUUCAUGUCGACUAACACCCAUGGGGGAGGCGGCUCUGGCAGGGGAUGGAGGGGAAGAGGAAACUGGAGAGGAAGAGGAGAAUGGAGAGGAAGAGGAGGAUGGAGAGGAAGAGGAGGAUGGAGAGGAAGAGGAGGCAGGGGAACAGAUCAAGGAGGAAGUUGGAGAGGAACCAACAAAAAUAACAGAGGUGUGGGGAUGAUGGCAGCACCCUUAUGUAGGAUGUCAUCUCAGAGCUCUGAGUGUGGUGAUGUGUCGAGGGUAGGAAUGUCACAACGGCUCAUCACAUCAAUGCUGCCACAGGUGCCUACUCCAUAUAAAGGCUGGUUGCUUUAUAUGAAUGAAGGUUAUAGUGAGGGAUCUGAGGCCGUAACAUUCAUUAAAGCCUUCGAAAAGUAUUUCCUUCAGCUGCGGCCUUCAGUGCAACGGGAAGAAAUUGAAGAGCGUCGAGCUUUUACGGUGAAUCUGAAGAUGCUCUUGGCUGAUGAGGUCAUCAUGAAGGAAAUACCAGAAUUACCAAGCUUAGUAAUUAAUUCUCCAGAAAAAAUUAUUAGUUGCCUUGGUCUUGCAAUGCACCAGUUACUAACAGAGGAAGUUGAAGCAGAAUUAAGACAAGAAGCAACAGAAGUAUUGGCAGGAACAAUGGAAGGUUUAGAUGAUACAACUUUAGAUGCUUAUGUUCAUGAGGCUAAUCUACCCUUAAUUCAUGCUCGACUCACUGAUCACACUAAACUAACUCAGCUCAAGAGUCUCAAAGCAAAUUGCUAUGGCAAACUUGUGAGCGUCAAAGGAACAGUUGUCCGUGUAAGCAGCAUUAAGCCAUUAUGUACAAGACUGGCUUUUACGUGUAUGGGGUGCGGGAGUGUUCAGGGAGUGAGCCAGAAUGAAGGUCGUUACACUGUGCCAACUUCCUGCCACGUUCAGGAGUGUAGGGCAAGAUCAUUUGUGCCAGACCGCUCUCACAAGUUGACACACACAGUAGACUGGCAAAACUUCAGAAUUCAGGAAAUUAUCAGUGAUGAUCAGAAAGAAGGAGGUCGUGUUCCUCGCACAAUUGAGUGUGAAGUUAGAGAAGAUCUUGUUGACUCGUGUGUCCCAGGUGACAUGAUCACCAUUACUGGCAUUGUCAAGGUAAGCCAGAGUCAAGAGGGUCGAGGAAACAAAGGUGACAAGUGCAUGUUUCAGUUAUAUAUAGAUGCUUCAUCAGUCACUAACUGCAAGGGUGGCAAUGAUUCUGCAUCAGCAGUUGGCAUUGAGUUCAGCAUUAAGGAUUAUUAUGCUAUUCAGGAGAUCCAAGCAGAACCUAAUCUCUUCAAAUUACUGGUAGGAUCCCUGUGCCCAGCAAUAUAUGGGCAUGAACUUGUUAAAGCUGGCUUGAUUCUCUGCCUUUUUGGUGGAUGUACCAAGAGUGGUCACGAUCGUGUGUCUGUACGAGGUGAUCCUCACAUCCUUGUAGUAGGAGAUCCAGGGUUAGGAAAGAGUCAGAUGCUACAAGCUUGUGCUAAUAUUGCACCUAGAGGAGUGUAUGUUUGUGGAAACACAACCACAACAUCUGGCUUGACAGUGACUCUUUGUCGGGAAGGAGGCUCAGGAGAUUACGCCCUAGAGGGAGGUGCCCUGGUUUUGGCUGACCAGGGAGCGUGUUGCAUUGAUGAAUUUGAUAAAAUGAGCAAUCAGCAUCAGGCACUGCUAGAAGCCAUGGAGCAGCAGAGCAUUAGUAUAGCCAAGGCAGGAAUUGUGUGUUCACUUCCAGCCAGAACCUCCAUACUUGCUGCUGCCAACCCUGUGGGAGGUCACUAUAACAAAGCCAAGACAGUCUCAGAGAAUCUCAAGAUGAACAGUGCUCUUCUCUCAAGAUUUGAUUUAGUCUUCAUACUUUUGGAUAAACCUGAUGAGGAAUUGGACUGUCUCUUAUCUGAACAUGUGAUGGCACUACACAGUGGCACUAGAGGAAAGACUGGUAAAGUGCUUCCAUUGAAAGUCAGGAGACAAGACCUCUUAAACUCGAGUAUUAUUGAUGAAGAAAAACCUUUGAGUGAGCGUCUCAAGUACCGUAGUGAUGAACCAUUUGACCCUAUACCACAUCAGCUCAUGCGAAAGUAUAUUUGUUAUUCACGGAAGUAUGUCAGACCACGGCUCACUCCUGGAGCAGCAAAGAUACUUCAACAGUUUUAUCUUGACCUUCGGCAGCAUCACCAGAAUAACAGCUCAACGCCUAUUACAACAAGACAGUUGGAAUCUCUCAUUAGACUAACAGAGGCACGAGCCCGUUGUGUGCUUCGUGAAGAGGCCACUGAAGAUGAUGCUCGAGAUGUUGUGGAGGUCAUGAGAUUUUCGAUGAUGGACACCUUUUCUGAUGAGUUUGGGCUUCUUGAUUUCCAGAGAUCACAACAUGGUUCAGGAUCUAGUAAUAGAGGACAGAUGAAAAAGUUUGUGGCAGUUCUUCAAAGGAUGUCGGAGAAGACUUACAAGUCAUUGUACAACACUGAUGAGAUGAAGCAGUUAGCACGGCAGGCAAACAUUCAGGUUGCAGACUUUGGAGACUUUAUUGCAAAUCUGAACCAUCAGGGAUAUUUAUUAAAGAAAGGUCCCAAAAUAUAUCAGCUUCAAACAGCAGAUUAUUAAUAUAGCUGUAAUAUAAUUGUAUGGAUCUUCUAUAGCUGAAGUGGAACACAUUGUUCAUAUAUUCAUUAGAAGUAUAAAAUAUUUGUUUAUACAGCAGGUGCAGACUUUUUAAAUAAGUUUGAAAUUUACUGACUGAUCUCAGUAUUAUUAUUACAAUCAAAAAGAAGCGCUAAGCCACAAGGGCUAU